GGCGCGCGCGGCCGGGCCGCCCCGGCAGUUGGUGCAGCGGCGGUUGGGGUGAGAGCGCCUACGCCACCCCUCCCCUCCUCCGGCCCCGGCCCCCACCCCGCCGGGCCCAGCCCCAGCCCCGGCCCGGGCUCCAGCCCUAGUACCCGUCCCAGCCCGAGUCGGGUCCGUCCCGUGCGGGCAGGUGCCGCCCCUCUGCCGGCGACGCCCCGGGCCGCCCGCCCGUCCGCUUGCCACCAUGGAGCUGGAGGACGGUGUGGUGUAUCAGGAGGAGCCCGGCGGCUCCGGGGCCGUGAUGUCGGAGCGGGUGUCCGGCCUGGCCGGCUCCAUCUACCGCGAGUUCGAGCGGCUUAUCGGGCGCUAUGACGAGGAGGUGGUCAAAGAGCUGAUGCCGCUGGUGGUGGCUGUGCUGGAGAACCUGGACUCGGUGUUCGCGCAGGACCAGGAGCACCAGGUGGAGCUGGAGCUGCUGCGGGACGACAACGAGCAGCUCAUCACCCAGUACGAGCGGGAGAAGGCGCUGCGCAAGCACGCUGAGGAGAAAUUCAUUGAAUUUGAAGACUCUCAAGAACAGGAAAAAAAGGACUUACAGACCCGAGUGGAAUCUUUAGAAUCUCAAACAAGACAACUUGAGCUGAAAGCGAAAAACUAUGCUGACCAGAUUAGCAGACUUGAAGAAAGAGAAGCAGAACUGAAGAAGGAAUAUAAUGCAUUACAUCAAAGACACACUGAGAUGAUCCAUAAUUAUAUGGAACAUUUAGAAAGAACAAAACUUCAUCAGCUCUCAGGGAGUGAUCAACUAGAAUCCACAGCUCAUAGUAGAAUUAGAAAAGAACGUCCUAUAUCAUUAGGAAUUUUCCCAUUACCUGCUGGAGAUGGAUUGCUUACACCUGACGCUCAGAAAGGAGGAGAGACCCCUGGAUCUGAGCAAUGGAAAUUUCAGGAAUUAAGUCAACCACGUUCUCAUACCAGCCUGAAGGAUGAGCUUUCUGAUGUUAGCCAAGGCGGAUCUAAAGCUACCACUCCAGCAUCAACAGCUAAUUCAGAUGUGGCAACAAUUCCUACUGAUACUCCCUUAAAGGAAGAAAACGAAGGAUUUGUGAAGGUUACAGAUGUGCCAAAUAAGUCAGAGAUAAGCAAACACAUUGAAGUACAGGUAGCCCAGGAAACUAGAAAUGUAUCUACUGGCUCUGCUGAAAAUGAAGAAAAGUCAGAAGUUCAAGCAAUCAUCGAAUCUACUCCUGAGCUGGAUAUGGACAAAGAUCUCAGUGGAUAUAAAGGUUCAAGCACUCCCACCAAAGGCAUAGAGAACAAAGCUUUUGAUCGCAAUACAGAAUCUCUCUUUGAAGAACUGUCUUCAGCUGGCUCAGGCCUAAUAGGAGAUGUGGAUGAAGGAGCAGAUUUACUAGGAAUGGGUCGGGAAGUUGAGAAUCUUAUAUUAGAAAAUACACAACUGUUGGAAACCAAAAAUGCUUUGAACAUAGUGAAGAAUGAUUUGAUAGCAAAAGUGGAUGAACUGACCUGUGAGAAAGAUGUGCUGCAAGGGGAAUUGGAGGCUGUGAAGCAAGCCAAACUGAAACUAGAGGAAAAGAACAGAGAAUUGGAGGAAGAGCUUAGGAAAGCUCGGGCAGAAGCUGAAGAUGCAAGGCAAAAAGCAAAAGAUGACGAUGAUAGUGAUAUUCCCACAGCCCAGAGGAAACGGUUUACUAGAGUAGAAAUGGCCCGUGUUCUCAUGGAGCGAAACCAGUAUAAAGAGAGAUUGAUGGAGCUUCAGGAAGCUGUUCGAUGGACAGAGAUGAUUCGGGCAUCACGAGAAAAUCCAGCCAUGCAGGAAAAAAAAAGGUCAAGCAUUUGGCAGUUUUUCAGCCGACUUUUCAGCUCCUCAAGUAACACGACUAAGAAGCCUGAACCACCUGUUAAUCUGAAGUACAAUGCACCCACGUCUCAUGUUACUCCGUCCGUCAAGAAAAGAAGCAGCACCUUAUCUCAGCUCCCUGGGGAUAAGUCCAAAGCCUUUGAUUUCCUUAGUGAAGAAACUGAAGCUAGUUUAGCCUCACGCAGAGAGCAAAAGAGAGAGCAGUAUCGUCAGGUAAAAGCACAUGUUCAGAAGGAAGACGGUAGAGUGCAGGCUUUUGGCUGGAGUCUGCCUCAGAAGUACAAACAGGUAACCAAUGGUCAAGGUGAAAAUAAGAUGAAAAAUUUACCUGUGCCUGUCUAUCUCAGACCUCUGGAUGAAAAAGAUACAUCAAUGAAGCUGUGGUGUGCUGUUGGAGUCAAUUUAUCUGGUGGGAAGACCAGAGAUGGUGGUUCUGUUGUUGGAGCAAGUGUAUUUUACAAGGAUGUUGCUGGUUUGGAUACAGAAGGCAGUAAACAGCGAAGUGCCUCUCAGAGUAGUUUAGAUAAGUUAGAUCAGGAACUUAAGGAACAGCAGAAGGAGUUAAAAAAUCAAGAAGAAUUAUCCAGUCUUGUUUGGAUCUGUACCAGCACUCAUUCGGCUACAAAAGUUCUUAUUAUUGAUGCUGUUCAACCUGGCAACAUCCUAGACAGUUUCACUGUUUGCAACUCUCAUGUUCUGUGCAUUGCAAGUGUGCCAGGUGCACGAGAAACAGACUACCCUGCAGGAGAAGAUCUUUCAGAAUCUGGUCAGGUAGACAAAGCAUCUUUAUGUGGAAGUAUGACAAGCAACAGCUCAGCAGAGACAGACAGCCUGUUAGGAGGCAUCACAGUGGUUGGUUGUUCUGCAGAAGGUGUGACGGGAGCUGCCACUUCCCCUAGUACAAAUGGUGCUUCUCCAGUGAUGGAUAAACCACCAGAAAUGGAAGCAGAAAAUAGUGAGGUUGAUGAAAAUGUUCCAACAGCAGAAGAAGCAACUGAAGCUACAGAAGGGAAUGCAGGGUCAGCUGAAGACACAGUGGACAUCUCCCAAACUGGCGUCUACACAGAGCAUGUCUUUACAGAUCCUUUGGGAGUUCAGAUCCCAGAAGACCUCUCCCCAGUGUAUCAGUCGAGCAAUGACUCAGAUGCAUAUAAAGAUCAAAUAUCAGUACUGCCAAAUGAACAAGACUUGGUGAGAGAAGAAGCCCAGAAAAUGAGUAGUCUUUUACCAACUAUGUGGCUUGGAGCUCAAAAUGGCUGUUUGUAUGUCCAUUCAUCUGUAGCCCAGUGGAGGAAAUGUCUCCAUUCCAUUAAACUUAAAGAUUCGAUUCUCAGUAUUGUACACGUGAAGGGAAUCGUGUUAGUAGCCCUGGCUGACGGCACCCUUGCAAUCUUUCACAGAGGAGUGGAUGGGCAGUGGGAUUUGUCAAACUAUCACCUCUUAGACCUUGGACGGCCUCAUCAUUCCAUCCGUUGCAUGACUGUGGUACAUGACAAAGUCUGGUGUGGCUAUAGGAACAAAAUCUAUGUGGUGCAGCCAAAGGCCAUGAAAAUAGAGAAAUCUUUUGAUGCACAUCCCAGGAAGGAGAGCCAAGUGCGACAGCUUGCGUGGGUAGGGGAUGGCGUGUGGGUCUCCAUUCGCUUGGAUUCUACGCUCCGUCUCUAUCAUGCACACACUUAUCAACAUCUACAGGAUGUGGACAUUGAGCCUUAUGUAAGCAAAAUGUUAGGUACUGGAAAACUGGGCUUCUCUUUUGUGAGAAUUACAGCUCUUAUGGUGUCUUGUAAUCGUUUGUGGGUGGGGACAGGAAAUGGUGUCAUUAUCUCCAUCCCAUUGACAGAAACCGUAAUCCUCCACCAGGGACGUUUACUGGGGCUGAGGGCAAAUAAAACCUCAGGUGUACCAGGAAAUCGUCCUGGAAGUGUAAUCCGUGUAUAUGGUGAUGAAAACAGUGAUAAAGUGACUCCAGGGACAUUUAUACCCUAUUGUUCAAUGGCACAUGCACAGCUUUGCUUCCAUGGGCACCGGGAUGCUGUGAAAUUCUUUGUGGCAGUCCCAGGUCAAGUCAUCAGCCCACAAAGUAGCAGUAGUGGCACGGAUCUGACGGGUGACAAAGCAGGGCCAUCUGCACAGGAGCCUGGUAGUCAGACGCCCUUGAAGUCUAUGCUUGUCAUCAGUGGAGGAGAGGGCUACAUCGACUUCCGAAUGGGUGAUGAAGGUGGAGAAUCAGAACUUCUUGGAGAGGAUCUUCCACUUGAACCUUCUGUCACCAAAGCAGAAAGGAGUCACUUGAUAGUGUGGCAAGUGAUGUAUGGCAGUGAGUGAGCCCAUGGGAAACAGGUGGAGAUGGGGAAGCCGUCUCUUCUGCAUGGUUUAUUUUCCCUCUAUCCUUUUAUUUAAUGCUCUUUUGUGAGAUAAGUUUCACCACAUAAUGUGUGAGCAUUUUUUCCUGUUAACUUUAUAUUACAAAAUCCAUUCUACCAUAACAAUACAGAGGAACUAGCUGUGUUACUGCACCAGUGUUAUAGGUAACUUCAGUAUAUUAUGAACAAAUCAAAGAAUGUUUACUUCCUGCAAACUGGUGAAUUAUAGAAAGCAAUCCAGAUGUGGUUUACUCUGCCACAGUCUAAUGUCAUUCACUUCAUUUGAUGGGGUCACUUGUUAGCUGUCACUAAUAAUGGAAUUAAUGGGAAACCCUUGAUAAAUGAAACUGUACCAUUAAAUACAAUAGCCGAGUUUUCCCCAGUGUAUUGUAAAAUUGACACACACUAAUAUAAGAUGGAUUAUCAGGAUGUAUCUAAAUGUCCCGAGAGGGUUAAAAGCUAACUGUAAAUUACUUUAACUUUCACUUUCAAAUCUGACAAAUCUUGUUUAUAUGGUAUAUAAAACUUUGUUUUCAUCAGAUUUGGGGGGGUUUUAUAUUAAAGAAAUUAAGACUACACUAUUUAAAUAAACGUUUCCUGUUUCUGA